AUGCAAAGAAAUAACAAUGGAAUGCAUCCAGCCUGUGCAGCAUGUAAGCAUCAAAGGAAGAAAUGCAGUGAAAAUUGUGUAUUGGCACCUUACUUUCCAUCAAGCAGAAGCCGUGAGUUCCAUGCUGUGCACAAGGUUUUUGGUGUUAGCAACAUAACAAAGUUGGUAAAGAAUGCUAGAGAGGAAGAUAGAAGAAGAGUUGUGGAUUCAUUGACAUGGGAAGCAUGCUGCAGACAAAGGGACCCUAUACAUGGCCCUUAUGGAGAGUACACAAAAGUUUACAACGAGUACAAGAAAGUGUUGGAUGAACUCAAGAGAUUCAGAAGCCAACACCAAAUGUUGCAGUUUCCCUCUCUAGGGUUAAAGUCUGUGCAAGAUUUGAUUCCCUGCAAAGGGGAAGACAAAGUAGAAGUUGAUAACGCAUUGGAUUAUCUUCAUAGGAAAAAGAAUGGUAUUCUUGAUUCUGAUAUUUAUAAUACUUAUUGUUCCAAUUAUUUGCAAGAGUUUCAGAAUCUGAGGCCAGAAGUUAUCAUACCCUUUCAGCAGCAAUCUCAACCUUACUACAUUACAGUGACGUGA